AAAGCCAAAGAAAUCACCAAUAAUCCAACUGAUGUUGUUUUGAGAGCUGAUUUCCCUUCUGCUUUUAGUCAAAAUGUUGUUGGUAUCAUUCAAUUCUAUUCAGUUAAUGGUACUGCAAAAGUUCAUGUUGAUGUCACUGGUUUACCAAAAAAUGCUGGUGUUUUCCAAUAUCAUAUCCAUGAAAACCCUGUCGGUGAAGAUGGAGAUUGUGAAGCUACUGGUAAACAUUUCAAUCCUUAUGGUGCAUCUCCAGAUUGUGAAGCUCAAAAAGAUGAUUCUUUGUGUCAAGUUGGUGAUUUAUCAGGUAAACAUGGUUUAAUCAACACAACAUGUUUUGAAACUUACUUCUAUGAUCCUUAUUUAUCAUUAGAUCCAAGUCAUCCACAAUAUAUUGGUAAUAAAGCCAUCAAUAUUCAUCUUGAAAAUUUGGAUAAAUUAGCUUGUGCCAACAUUAAAGUUUCAAAAGAACCAGAAGAUUUAGUUUUAUUGGAUUAUGAAGCUGAAGCUGAACAAGUUAGACAAUAUGAAGAAGUCACUGGUGUUAAAAUCGAAGAUAGAGUUGAAGAAUCUGAUGAAGUUGCAGAUUAUAAUGAAGAUGGUGAAGAUGAUGAAGAA